AUGGAGCUUUCGAUUAGCAAAGUCCAAGGCCAAUUACCAAUAAACCACCUUAAUAUGUACAGCAGCUCAAAUAGCACUUUCGCCCUCAUCCAUAUUUCAGAGAGGCUAAAAGUCCAUGUUGGGGAUGUAAAGAACGUGAUCAUUUGGGGGAAUCAUUCCUCAACUCAGUAUCCAGACGCCAAUCACGCGACUGUAAACACUGGCAAGGGGUGGAAGCCUGUGAGAGAAGUUGUGUCUGAUGAUCAAUGGCUGAAUACGGAGUUCAUCACGACAGUGCAGCAGCGUGGAGCAGAAAUCAUUAAAGCCAGAAAGCUGUCCAGUGUGCUAUCUGCCGCAAGCGCUGCUUGUGAUCAGAUCCAUGACUGGGUUCUUGGAACUCCAAAGGGGACUUGGGUAUCCAUGGGAGUUUGCUCGGAUGGAUCUUAUGGCAUCCCACCUGGCCUAAUAUACUCUUUUCCCGUAACCUGUAAGAAAGGAGAAUGGUCAAUCGUGCAAGGUUAG